GAAUUACUUUGAAACUGCCCCCACCAUGGCUGUCACGGCCUCGGAGAGUCCAGAUCAUAAUAAGCGAAAGGCGUCGGAGGAGUCCCCCUCCCCGGAUUCGCAACAACAGAUCAAGAAAGCGCGCACCGACUCUCCGGAGAAAGAACUCCAGUCGGAAGAUGGGCUGUUGGACAAACCGCCACUGAAGAUCGUCCCCUUCCCCGAGAAGCCGGCCGUGUUGGAGGAACGUCGAGGCGAAAUCGAAUUCCGUGUGGUCAACAACGAUGGUUCCCAUGAUAGUUUUGUCGUCCUUACGGGGUUGAAGUGUAUCUUCCAGAAGCAGUUGCCCAAAAUGCCCAAGGACUAUAUUGCUCGGUUGGUCUACGAUCGGUCGCAUCUGUCUAUUGCGAUCGUCAAGCAUCCGUUGGAGGUCGUCGGCGGGAUCACGUACCGGCCGUUCAACAGUCGCAAGUUUGCGGAAAUCGUCUUUUGCGCCAUCUCGUCCGAUCAGCAGGUCAAGGGUUAUGGUGCGCAUUUGAUGUCGCAUUUGAAGGACUACGUGAAAGCGACGUCGCCCAUCAUGCACUUUUUAACCUACGCCGAUAAUUACGCCAUUGGAUAUUUCAAGAAACAGGGAUUCACCAAGGAGAUCACACUGGACAAGUCGAUCUGGAUGGGAUACAUCAAGGACUACGAAGGCGGUACGAUCAUGCAGUGCACGAUGUUACCCCGGAUCCGAUACCUCGAGGUUGGACGGAUGCUACUCAAGCAGAAGGAGGCCGUCCACGCCAAGAUCCGGGCGUUCAGCCGCUCCCACAUCAUCCACCCACCGCCGAAGGCGUGGAAGAACGGACCGGUGAAGCUCGAUCCGCUGAGCAUCCCGGCGGUCAAGGAGUCCGGGUGGUCACCGGACAUGGAUGAGCUGGCGCGGCAGCCGCGGCAUGGGCCCAACUACAACCAGCUGCUGCACCUGCUCAACGACAUGCAGAACCACAGUGCGGCGUGGCCGUUCACGCAGCCGGUGAACCGGGACGAGGUGCCAGACUACUACGAGGUGAUCAAGGAGCCGAUGGACCUGUCGACUAUGGAGGAGAAACACGAGAAGGACAUGUACCCGACACCGCAGGACUUUAUCAAAGACGCCAUGUUGAUCUUUGACAAUUGCCGACGGUACAAUAAUGAGAACACGCCGUACGCGAAGAGCGCCAAUAAGCUGGAGAAGUUUAUGUGGCAGCAGAUUCGGAACAUUCCCGAGUGGUCGCAUUUGGCGGAUGGACAUUGAUGAUGGAUGGAUGGUGAUUUUAUGGGAUGGGAGGGAGUCGAUGGUAGCCUGGCGUUUUAUCUUUCUUUCGGUCUGUUUUGGGUUUGCUUUAGUAUUGUUUGUUUGUAUUUGGUGUUCUAUUUGUGUCAUGAUCCAAUACCCCCGGCAUAGUGGAGCCUUUCUUGCGGCGAGUGGAGAGCAAGGGAUAUGCAGUGAUCCUUGUACACACCGUGGGUUUCGAGUACUCCAGAGUCAUAACAGAAUCGAUCCACG